AUGAAGCCUUCAGUCUAUGCUGGUUAUCCCUCUGGGCUCCUGCUAGUCCUGAUGUGCUGCCCCCUACUAGGCUUUGUCGAGUCUGCCAGCAGCAACAAAUCUGGCAACAAUGGGCACCUGCACCUACGAGAAACUGACCCAGAGCGCUGCAUGAGGCACCAUUUUGUGGAAACUAUCACACACCCAGUUUACAAAUGCAACUCCAAGAUGGUGUUGCUGGCGCGCUGCGAGGGCCACUGCAGCCACACCACUCGUUCAGACCCCCUCAUCUCCUUCAGCUCAGUGCUCAAACAGCCGUUCAAAAGCUCCUGCUCCUGCUGCCGGCCUCACACCUCCAAGCUGAAGGCGGUGAGGCUGCGCUGCGCUGGUGGGACUCGCAUUACAGCCACGUACAGAUACAUCCUUGCUUGCAACUGUGAGGAGUGCAGCUGAACAGGCAGCAGUUCCCUCCCAGACCCUCAAGACUCUCAGCAUUCAACAUUUUUCUUGGCGUCGGACCUCACUCUAUAGUUGCUCAGAGCAUUUGGAUGAUUACUGGAUCAACCAACUGCCCCAAAGAUGUGUGACAUUACUAUGGGAGUAAAGAUUUGGAGGAAUCGGAUCUCCCUCAUACGUUCCUUAACAUUGACCU